AUGUAUUAUUCAAUGUUCGGCCGGUGCGCCCGGAAGUGCGAGUUCCGGCCGCGACCCGACUCGCCGCCCCGGAUCUCCACCGCAAGCUGGCUUUUCACUCGGCCUCUUCUCACCGAACAAACGCCAACGGACUUUAGCCGGCAAGUCCAUCCAUCCAUCGCCCAACCGCAGUCUCCUUUUCGGCCUUCUCGUUCACGUGAGAUCCGGUGUCCCAUCCGAUCCUGCCACAACCUCUGGCAUUCCAGUCCAGUUUCGUUUCCGUUUCCAUCUGCCAGUGCCGAGUUCAUUUUCGUCUUCAGUCGUCAGAAGAUCAGAAGAUCAGAACGUCAGAAGAUCAGAACAUUAGUCAAUCAGAACAUCAGAAGAUCAGGACAUCAGUCGAUCAGAACAUCAGAACAUCAGUCGAUCAUCGGUCGUCUUUCAGUCGUUUUUGUUCGCUACCUCUCCUAUUCUCAUAAUCAUGGGCUACGACCAGGGCUUGGCCGUCGGCUUGGCCGUGGGAAUCCCCUGCUUCGUUGUUCUCGUCGGCGGCACCGUUCUCUUUUUGCGCCGCCGGCGCCACGACCAGCGCGAGGACGCCCAGACGGCGCUCGACUUUGA